UUUAAAUAUAACACAAAUUCCCAUCCAAAAAACACAGAAAAAAGAAAAGAAAAGAAAGAUCGAAAGUCACCAUUCUCGCCUAAAACAAUGGAUUUCAGAGUCAUGGGCUUCGAUUCACCACUGUUCCAUACCCUCCACCACAUAAUGGACCUCAACGAAGACGGUGAUAACAAGAACAACCCCAACGCCGCGUCAAGGACCUACGUACGAGACGCCAAAGCCAUGGCGGUGACACCGGCGGACAUCAAAGAGGACUCGAAGUCGUACAUGUUCGUUGUCGACAUGCCAGGGCUAAAACCGGGGGACAUAAAGGUGCAAGUGGAGGAAGAGAAUGUGCUGUUGAUAAGCGGAGAACGGAAGCGAGAGGAAGAGAAAGAAGGGGCGAAGUAUAUUCGGAUGGAAAGGAGGGUGGGGAAGUUGAUGAGGAAGUUUGUGUUGCCGGAGAAUGCGAAUAGGGAUGGUAUAACGGCGGUGUGUAAAGACGGGGUUUUGACUGUGACGGUGGAGAAAUUGCCACCGCCUGAACCUAAGAAGCCUAAGACCAUUGAGGUCGAGAUUUGUUGAAGAGCGUUGCUUUUGUUUUUAGUUAAUGUUGUUUUGGCCUUUAAAUAAUUCUAGUUGAUGUGUCGCUUCCAGUUUUUGGGGUUUGUGAUGGAAUUAUGUUAUAGUUGAUAAUGAUAAAUUGAUGUUUGUUCUA